AUGGUGCACAAAGAAGCUAUUUGCAGUAUACAUGGGGAUCCCCACUAUAACACAUUUGACAAGCAGCGUCAUGACUUCAUGGGCACCUGCACCUACACCCUCUCCAAGCUGUGUGAGAGCAACAGCUCCCUGCCCUACUUCAACGUGGAAGCGGCCAACGAGCACAGGGGAGGCAACACCCGUGUGUCCUAUGUCCGAUACGUGGAUGUCGAUGUCUAUGGCUACAGGAUCAACCUCGGUCAAAAAAGAGCUGUUAAGGUCAAUGGAGUCAGCCAGGUGGUCCCUGUGACCUUGGUCCCAGGUGUCAGUAUUUUCCUCAGCGGGCAGUAUGUUGUGGUUACUACUGACUUUGGGCUGCAAGUCAAGUUUGAUGGAAACCACAGAGCAGAAAUCACUCUUCCUCGUACCUAUAUGUCUAAAGUCUGUGGAAUAUGUGGAAAUUACAAUGGGCAAAAAGCGGACGACUUUCUCAACCCAGAUGGAGAGAUGGAAGCAAACUCAACCAGCCUUGGCAACAGUUGGCAGGUUUACAAUGACUCCAGGUGCUCACCAGAUGAUGGCCAUACUCCAAACUGCACUGAUGAUGAAAAACACAUGAUCCAAAGCAAUGCAUAUUGUGCAUUGGCCUGUGCAGCCAACAGUCACUACGAGCCCUGUGCUGCAGCGUGCCCUGCCACCUGUGUUGACCCAAUGGCUCCUGUUACCUGCAGCCUGCCGUGCGUGGAGGGCUGUGUGUGUGACAGCGGGUACCUGCUCUACAACGACCGCUGCGUGCCCAGCCAGCAGUGCGGCUGCUGGCACAACGGGCAGCACUACCCCGUGGGCUCAGAGUUCUGGACGGACGACACCUGCUCCUCCAAGUGCACGUGUCCCGCACGGGGAAGCAAAGUGCAGUGCUUCAAUGCCUCCUGCCCCGCGGGCCAGUACUGCGGGGUGCAGAACGGGAAACCUGUGUGCCUUGAACACUCCUACGGCAUCUGCCACGUGCACGGGGACCCCCACUACAAAACCUUUGACAAGGUGACGCACGACUUCAUGGGCAACUGCACCUACACCCUGGCCAAAGUGUGCUCCAACACCACCUCCCUGCCCUACUUCAACGUGGAGGCCAAGAACGAGCACCGUGGCAACACCCAAGUGUCCUACGUGCGCGAAGUGGUGGUUGAGGUGUAUGGAGAGCGCGUUGCCAUCCUCAAGCAGCAGAAGAGCCACGUGCUGGUGAACAACGUGCGCCAGACGUUGCCGGUGAGUGCAGCGGGAGGGGCCAUCACGGUGAGCAAGAGUGGUCGCUACAUCGUCCUGGAGACAGACUUCAACCUCAGAGUGUCCUACGACGCUGACCACUCGGUGGAGGUGAAGGUGCCCACCACCUACUUCAACCUGACCUGUGGCAUGUGUGGCAACUUCAACAACCGCAGAGACGACGAAUACAUGAUGCCCGACGGGCAGCAAGCCGCAGACUCCAAUGCGCUGGGGGAGAGCUGGCAGGUCCCAGACAGUGACCCCUCCUGCGGUGUCCCCGUCCCCUCCCCACCCUGCAGUGCAGAAGAUGAGAAGCUCUACCGCUCCGACCAGUUCUGUGGCAUCCUGACCACCAGGCCUAGCUCUUUUGAGAAGUGCCACGGCGUGAUCAACCCCCAGGACUACUUUGACACCUGCUUGUAUGACCUGUGUGCCCUGAAUGGUGGCCAGGAGUUCCUGUGUGCUGCUCUGGAGGCCUAUGCUGACGCGUGCCAGGCAGCUGGCGUGACUCUUCUUCCCUGGAGGAAUGCUACCUUCUGCCCCCUGCAGUGUCCUCCCAACAGCUACUAUGACCCCUGCAUGACCGGCUGUCCUGCCACCUGUGUUGACCAACAAGCCCCACAGAACUGCUCCAAGCCUUGUGUGGAGGGCUGUGCAUGUAGCUCUGGCUUCCUCCUGAGUGGAGACACCUGUGUGCCCGAGGCCAACUGCGGCUGCCUCUUUGAGGGCAACUACUACACUGAAGGCGAAUCCUCCGUGAAUGAGAACUGCACUCGCCGGUGCCGGUGUGAAGCCAAAGGCCAGAUGGUUUGCUCUGCCUUGUCCUGUGGCGAGGACGAGGUCUGCAAGAUCCAGGAUGGCCAGAGGGGCUGUUACCCAGCCAGCACUGCCGUCUGCCACAUCUACGGUGACCCACAUUACAGCACCUUUGAUGGGAAGCUCCACCACUUCCAGGGCUCCUGCAACUACACAGUGGUGACGGGCUGUGACAACUCCUCCGUUGGGUUCAGUGUCACCACCCGCAACAAACAUCGUGGCAGCCAGAGCUGGACAGCUCUGAACUCCGUGGCACUGUCCCUCGAAGGCCUCCACAUUGCACUGCGCGAGCACAAGGCAGUCUACAUCAACGGUGCCCUGGUCUCCCUGCCUGCUUCUCCUGCCCCCGGUGUGACCAUUUCCCUGAGCGGCUCCUACGUGCGGGUUUCUACCAAGCUGGGCCUGCAGCUGCAGUUCAAUGGGGACCAUGAGCUCCUAGUGAAGGUGUCUGAGAAGUACAAGGGCAAACUCUGUGGGCUGUGUGGGACCUACACCGGGAGCCAGCAGGAUGACUUCAUGCGACCCGAUGGGGUGGUUGUACCCGACUUCAAUGACUUUGGAAGCAGCUGGAUGGUGCCGGAUGAUGAGUGGCCGUGUGACCCAGCCAUCAGCCCACCUGCAUCCUGCUCCCCUGCUGAAGAGCAGGUAGCUAAGCAGCAGUGUUCAAUCCUGACAAACCUCAGUGGCCCGUUCCAGCCGUGCCAUGCAGUUCUGCCACCCAAGACAUACUUUGAGAGCUGUGUCUAUGACCAGUGUGCCACGGGCGGCAGCACGGAGCAGCUCUGCAAUGACCUGGGGGCCUAUGCUGCAGCCUGUGCUGAGGCAGGCAUUGCUCUGGGAGACUGGAGUGCUGGCACUGUCUGUGCUCCACCAGCAGACUGCAAUGUUGCCUGCACAUUUGACAAGGACUUCUGUGGCUGGGUCCAGGAAGAUUACAGCAGCAUUGACUGGAUAAGGAACAAAGGCCCAACGCCCACGCCAAAUACUGGCCCAUCCUCUGACCACACAACUGGAGAUGGCUACUACAUCUUCCUGCAAGGGAGAGAUGAUACUCUCCCUGGUUUUGAGGCUCACCUGAUCAGUCCAGUAUGCAGCUGGGAAGGAACACUCUGCUUCCGCUUCUGGUACCACAUGUAUGGUGCUCAAACAAUGGUCCUGCGGGUGUCCGUGCAGAAGGAUAAUGAGCAAGUGGUGGUCUGGAAAGAAGUUGGGAACCAUGGAGACAGGUCCAUCGACACCAACACCCACGGUCCCCUUGCCAGGUACCACAACACAGCCUGUAGUCACCACCUCACCAACAAGCCCCGCUCCGAGCUCAGGUCCUUUGACACCAACACCCAUGAGAGCUAUGCCAGGUACCACAAUGCAGCCUAUACUCACCACCUCACCAACCAGACCCACACCCAGCUCAAGUACUGCCACCUCCCGUCCCCUUCUGGUCCACUUCCUACUACACCCCCUACUCCACUGCCUAACGUUACAACACAGGCAACACCAAGACCAACAACACCACCAACAACACCUGAGAUGACCUCAGGCACCUGUGUGGUGGAAGGAGACCCUCACUACCACACAUUUGACAAGCAGUUACACCAUUUCAUGGGCACCUGCACCUACACCCUCUCCAAGCUGUGUGAGAGCAACAGCUCCCUGCCCUACUUCAACGUGGAAGCGGCCAACGAGCACAGGGGAGGCAACACCCGUGUGUCCUAUGUCCGAUACGUGGAUGUCGAUGUGGCUGACCAGCGGAUAAGGCUGGGACAGGGUGGAGUGGUGACGGUCAAUGGAGUGGAAGAGAUCCUGCCUUGCAGCCCAUCCGCGGGCGUGCAGGUCUUGUCCAGCGGGUUCUACACCAUGGUCAUGACAGACUUUGGCUUGAGAGUCAAGUUUGAUGGGAAGCAUCGGGUGGAGGUGACGCUUCCAAGCACCUUUGGGCAGAAGGUUUGUGGCAUGUGUGGGAACUACAACGGGAUAGCAGCAGAUGACUUCCAGAACCCAGAAGGGGCAAUGGAGCCAGACUCCACCAGCCUGGGCAACAGUUGGGAAGUGUCCAACAACAGCAGCUGCUCAGCUAGACCUCUGCCCACCCCAGCCUGCAAUGAGACCGACCAGCAACUCAUCAGCAGCAGCCACUUCUGUGGGCUCCUCACUGACACCAGUGGCCCGUUUCAGAAGUGCCAUGCUGUGCUGAGCCCCAGCAGCUACUUUGACACCUGCUUCUAUGACCUGUGUGAGCUGGGGCUGGACCGUGAGACCCUGUGCAAGAGCUUGCAGUCCUAUGCAGAUGCCUGCCAGUCACUCGGUGUCCAGAUACCUGCGUGGAGGAACUCAACCUUCUGCCCGAUCACUUGUCCGGCCAACAGUCACUACGAGCCCUGUGCUGCAGCCUGCCCUGCCACCUGUGUUGACCCAAUGGCUCCUGUUACCUGCAGCCUGCCGUGCGUGGAGGGCUGUGUGUGUGACAGCGGGUACCUGCUCUACAACGACCGCUGCGUGCCCAGCCAGCAGUGCGGCUGCUGGCACAACGGGCAGCACUACCCCGUGGGCUCAGAGUUCUGGACGGACGACACCUGCUCCUCCAAGUGCACGUGUCCCGCACGGGGAAGCAAAGUGCAGUGCUUCAAUGCCUCCUGCCCCGCGGGCCAGUACUGCGGGGUGCAGAACGGGAAACCUGUGUGCCUUGAACACUCCUACGGCAUCUGCCACGUGCACGGGGACCCCCACUACAAAACCUUUGACAAGGUGACGCACGACUUCAUGGGCAACUGCACCUACACCCUGGCCAAAGUGUGCUCCAACACCACCUCCCUGCCCUACUUCAACGUGGAGGCCAAGAACGAGCACCGUGGCAACACCCAAGUGUCCUACGUGCGCGAAGUGGUGGUUGAGGUGUAUGGAGAGCGCGUUGCCAUCCUCAAGCAGCAGAAGAGCCACGUGCUGGUGAACAACGUGCGCCAGACGUUGCCGGUGAGUGCAGCGGGAGGGGCCAUCACGGUGAGCAAGAGUGGUCGCUACAUCGUCCUGGAGACAGACUUCAACCUCAGAGUGUCCUACGACGCUGACCACUCGGUGGAGGUGAAGGUGCCCACCACCUACUUCAACCUGACCUGUGGCAUGUGUGGCAACUUCAACAACCGCAGAGACGACGAAUACAUGAUGCCCGACGGGCAGCAAGCCGCAGACUCCAAUGCGCUGGGGGAGAGCUGGCAGGUCCCAGACAGUGACCCCUCCUGCGGUGUCCCCGUCCCCUCCCCACCCUGCAGUGCAGAAGAUGAGAAGCUCUACCGCUCCGACCAGUUCUGUGGCAUCCUGACCACCAGGCCUAGCUCUUUUGAGAAGUGCCACGGCGUGAUCAACCCCCAGGACUACUUUGACACCUGCUUGUAUGACCUGUGUGCCCUGAAUGGUGGCCAGGAGUUCCUGUGUGCUGCUCUGGAGGCCUAUGCUGACGCGUGCCAGGCAGCUGGCGUGACUCUUCUUCCCUGGAGGAAUGCUACCUUCUGCCCCCUGCAGUGUCCUCCCAACAGCUACUAUGACCCCUGCAUGACCGGCUGUCCUGCCACCUGUGUUGACCAACAAGCCCCACAGAACUGCUCCAAGCCUUGUGUGGAGGGCUGUGCAUGUAGCUCUGGCUUCCUCCUGAGUGGAGACACCUGUGUGCCCGAGGCCAACUGCGGCUGCCUCUUUGAGGGCAACUACUACACUGAAGGCGAAUCCUCCGUGAAUGAGAACUGCACUCGCCGGUGCCGGUGUGAAGCCAAAGGCCAGAUGGUUUGCUCUGCCUUGUCCUGUGGCGAGGACGAGGUCUGCAAGAUCCAGGAUGGCCAGAGGGGCUGUUACCCAGCCAGCACUGCCGUCUGCCACAUCUACGGUGACCCACAUUACAGCACCUUUGAUGGGAAGCUCCACCACUUCCAGGGCUCCUGCAACUACACAGUGGUGACGGGCUGUGACAACUCCUCCGUUGGGUUCAGUGUCACCACCCGCAACAAACAUCGUGGCAGCCAGAGCUGGACAGCUCUGAACUCCGUGGCACUGUCCCUCGAAGGCCUCCACAUUGCACUGCGCGAGCACAAGGCAGUCUACAUCAACGGUGCCCUGGUCUCCCUGCCUGCUUCUCCUGCCCCCGGUGUGACCAUUUCCCUGAGCGGCUCCUACGUGCGGGUUUCUACCAAGCUGGGCCUGCAGCUGCAGUUCAAUGGGGACCAUGAGCUCCUAGUGAAGGUGUCUGAGAAGUACAAGGGCAAACUCUGUGGGCUGUGUGGGACCUACACCGGGAGCCAGCAGGAUGACUUCAUGCGACCCGAUGGGGUGGUUGUACCCGACUUCAAUGACUUUGGAAGCAGCUGGAUGGUGCCGGAUGAUGAAUGGCCGUGUGACCCAGCCAUCAGCCCACCUGCAUCCUGCUCCCCUGCUGAAGAGCAGGUAGCUAAGCAGCAGUGUUCAAUCCUGACAAACCUCAGUGGCCCGUUCCAGCCGUGCCAUGCAGUUCUGCCACCCAAGACAUACUUUGAGAGCUGUGUCUAUGACCAGUGUGCCACGGGCGGCAGCAUGGAGCAGCUCUGCAAUGACCUGGGGGCCUAUGCUGCAGCCUGUGCUGAGGCAGGCAUUGCUCUGGGAGACUGGAGUGCUGGCACUGUCUGUGCUAAGCUGGUGGCUGAGCCAUGGAGUGGGACAGCUCUGCCUGAGAUGACGCUCUUCAAUCCCUGUCCUGGCUAUGUCUGGUCCAUCGACACCAACACCCACGGUCCCCUUGCCAGGUACCACAACACAGCCUGUAGUCACCACCUCACCAACAAGCCCCGCUCCGAGCUCAGGUCCUUUGACACCAACACCCAUGAGAGCUAUGCCAGGUACCACAAUGCAGCCUAUACUCACCACCUCACCAACCAGACCCACACCCAGCUCAAGUACUGCCACCUCCCGUCCCCUUCUGGUCCACUUCCUACUACACCCCCUACUCCACUGCCUAACGUUACAACACAGGCAACACCAAGACCAACAACACCACCAACAACACCUGAGAUGACCUCAGGCACCUGUGUGGUGGAAGGAGACCCUCACUACCACACAUUUGACAAGCAGUUACACCAUUUCAUGGGCACCUGCACCUACACCCUCUCCAAGCUGUGUGAGAGCAACAGCUCCCUGCCCUACUUCAACGUGGAAGCGGCCAACGAGCACAGGGGAGGCAACACCCGUGUGUCCUAUGUCCGAUACGUGGAUGUCGAUGUGGCUGACCAGCGGAUAAGGCUGGGACAGGGUGGAGUGGUGACGGUCAAUGGAGUGGAAGAGAUCCUGCCUUGCAGCCCAUCCGCGGGCGUGCAGGUCUUGUCCAGCGGGUUCUACACCAUGGUCAUGACAGACUUUGGCUUGAGAGUCAAGUUUGAUGGGAAGCAUCGGGUGGAGGUGACGCUUCCAAGCACCUUUGGGCAGAAGGUUUGUGGCAUGUGUGGGAACUACAACGGGAUAGCAGCAGAUGACUUCCAGAACCCAGAAGGGGCAAUGGAGCCAGACUCCACCAGCCUGGGCAACAGUUGGGAAGUGUCCAACAACAGCAGCUGCUCAGCUAGACCUCUGCCCACCCCAGCCUGCAAUGAGACCGACCAGCAACUCAUCAGCAGCAGCCACUUCUGUGGGCUCCUCACUGACACCAGUGGCCCGUUUCAGAAGUGCCAUGCUGUGCUGAGCCCCAGCAGCUACUUUGACACCUGCUUCUAUGACCUGUGUGAGCUGGGGCUGGACCGUGAGACCCUGUGCAAGAGCUUGCAGUCCUAUGCAGAUGCCUGCCAGUCACUCGGUGUCCAGAUACCUGCGUGGAGGAACUCAACCUUCUGCCCGAUCACUUGUCCGGCCAACAGUCACUACGAGCCCUGUGCUGCAGCCUGCCCUGCCACCUGUGUUGACCCAAUGGCUCCUGUUACCUGCAGCCUGCCGUGCGUGGAGGGCUGUGUGUGUGACAGCGGGUACCUGCUCUACAACGACCGCUGCGUGCCCAGCCAGCAGUGCGGCUGCUGGCACAACGGGCAGCACUACCCCGUGGGCUCAGAGUUCUGGACGGACGACACCUGCUCCUCCAAGUGCACGUGUCCCGCACGGGGAAGCAAAGUGCAGUGCUUCAAUGCCUCCUGCCCCGCGGGCCAGUACUGCGGGGUGCAGAACGGGAAACCUGUGUGCCUUGAACACUCCUACGGCAUCUGCCACGUGCACGGGGACCCCCACUACAAAACCUUUGACAAGGUGACGCACGACUUCAUGGGCAACUGCACCUACACCCUGGCCAAAGUGUGCUCCAACACCACCUCCCUGCCCUACUUCAACGUGGAGGCCAAGAACGAGCACCGUGGCAACACCCAAGUGUCCUACGUGCGCGAAGUGGUGGUUGAGGUGUAUGGAGAGCGCGUUGCCAUCCUCAAGCAGCAGAAGAGCCACGUGCUGGUGAACAACGUGCGCCAGACGUUGCCGGUGAGUGCAGCGGGAGGGGCCAUCACGGUGAGCAAGAGUGGUCGCUACAUCGUCCUGGAGACAGACUUCAACCUCAGAGUGUCCUACGACGCUGACCACUCGGUGGAGGUGAAGGUGCCCACCACCUACUUCAACCUGACCUGUGGCAUGUGUGGCAACUUCAACAACCGCAGAGACGACGAAUACAUGAUGCCCGACGGGCAGCAAGCCGCAGACUCCAAUGCGCUGGGGGAGAGCUGGCAGGUCCCAGACAGUGACCCCUCCUGCGGUGUCCCCGUCCCCUCCCCACCCUGCAGUGCAGAAGAUGAGAAGCUCUACCGCUCCGACCAGUUCUGUGGCAUCCUGACCACCAGGCCUAGCUCUUUUGAGAAGUGCCACGGCGUGAUCAACCCCCAGGACUACUUUGACACCUGCUUGUAUGACCUGUGUGCCCUGAAUGGUGGCCAGGAGUUCCUGUGUGCUGCUCUGGAGGCCUAUGCUGACGCGUGCCAGGCAGCUGGCGUGACUCUUCUUCCCUGGAGGAAUGCUACCUUCUGCCCCCUGCAGUGUCCUCCCAACAGCUACUAUGACCCCUGCAUGACCGGCUGUCCUGCCACCUGUGUUGACCAACAAGCCCCACAGAACUGCUCCAAGCCUUGUGUGGAGGGCUGUGCAUGUAGCUCUGGCUUCCUCCUGAGUGGAGACACCUGUGUGCCCGAGGCCAACUGCGGCUGCCUCUUUGAGGGCAACUACUACACUGAAGGCGAAUCCUCCGUGAAUGAGAACUGCACUCGCCGGUGCCGGUGUGAAGCCAAAGGCCAGAUGGUUUGCUCUGCCUUGUCCUGUGGCGAGGACGAGGUCUGCAAGAUCCAGGAUGGCCAGAGGGGCUGUUACCCAGCCAGCACUGCCGUCUGCCACAUCUACGGUGACCCACAUUACAGCACCUUUGAUGGGAAGCUCCACCACUUCCAGGGCUCCUGCAACUACACAGUGGUGACGGGCUGUGACAACUCCUCCGUUGGGUUCAGUGUCACCACCCGCAACAAACAUCGUGGCAGCCAGAGCUGGACAGCUCUGAACUCCGUGGCACUGUCCCUCGAAGGCCUCCACAUUGCACUGCGCGAGCACAAGGCAGUCUACAUCAACGGUGCCCUGGUCUCCCUGCCUGCUUCUCCUGCCCCCGGUGUGACCAUUUCCCUGAGCGGCUCCUACGUGCGGGUUUCUACCAAGCUGGGCCUGCAGCUGCAGUUCAAUGGGGACCAUGAGCUCCUAGUGAAGGUGUCUGAGAAGUACAAGGGCAAACUCUGUGGGCUGUGUGGGACCUACACCGGGAGCCAGCAGGAUGACUUCAUGCGACCCGAUGGGGUGGUUGUACCCGACUUCAAUGACUUUGGAAGCAGCUGGAUGGUGCCGGAUGAUGAAUGGCCGUGUGACCCAGCCAUCAGCCCACCUGCAUCCUGCUCCCCUGCUGAAGAGCAGGUAGCUAAGCAGCAGUGUUCAAUCCUGACAAACCUCAGUGGCCCGUUCCAGCCGUGCCAUGCAGUUCUGCCACCCAAGACAUACUUUGAGAGCUGUGUCUAUGACCAGUGUGCCACGGGCGGCAGCACGGAGCAGCUCUGCAAUGACCUGGGGGCCUAUGCUGCAGCCUGUGCUGAGGCAGGCAUUGCUCUGGGAGACUGGAGUGCUGGCACUGUCUGUGCUAAGCUGGUGGCUGAGCCAUGGAGUGGGACAGCUCUGCCUGAGAUGACGCUCUUCAAUCCCUGUCCUGGCUAUGUCUGGUCCAUCGACACCAACACCCACGGUCCCCUUGCCAGGUACCACAACACAGCCUGUAGUCACCACCUCACCAACAAGCCCCGCUCCGAGCUCAGGUCCUUUGACACCAACACCCAUGAGAGCUAUGCCAGGUACCACAAUGCAGCCUAUACUCACCACCUCACCAACCAGACCCACACCCAGCUCAAGUACUGCCACCUCCCGUCCCCUUCUGGUCCACUUCCUACUACACCCCCUACUCCACUGCCUAACGUUACAACACAGGCAACACCAAGACCAACAACACCACCAACAACACCUGAGAUGACCUCAGGCACCUGUGUGGUGGAAGGAGACCCUCACUACCACACAUUUGACAAGCAGUUACACCAUUUCAUGGGCACCUGCACCUACACCCUCUCCAAGCUGUGUGAGAGCAACAGCUCCCUGCCCUACUUCAACGUGGAAGCGGCCAACGAGCACAGGGGAGGCAACACCCGUGUGUCCUAUGUCCGAUACGUGGAUGUCGAUGUGGCUGACCAGCGGAUAAGGCUGGGACAGGGUGGAGUGGUGACGGUCAAUGGAGUGGAAGAGAUCCUGCCUUGCAGCCCAUCCGCGGGCGUGCAGGUCUUGUCCAGCGGGUUCUACACCAUGGUCAUGACAGACUUUGGCUUGAGAGUCAAGUUUGAUGGGAAGCAUCGGGUGGAGGUGACGCUUCCAAGCACCUUUGGGCAGAAGGUUUGUGGCAUGUGUGGGAACUACAACGGGAUAGCAGCAGAUGACUUCCAGAACCCAGAAGGGGCAAUGGAGCCAGACUCCACCAGCCUGGGCAACAGUUGGGAAGUGUCCAACAACAGCAGCUGCUCAGCUAGACCUCUGCCCACCCCAGCCUGCAAUGAGACCGACCAGCAACUCAUCAGCAGCAGCCACUUCUGUGGGCUCCUCACUGACACCAGUGGCCCGUUUCAGAAGUGCCAUGCUGUGCUGAGCCCCAGCAGCUACUUUGACACCUGCUUCUAUGACCUGUGUGAGCUGGGGCUGGACCGUGAGACCCUGUGCAAGAGCUUGCAGUCCUAUGCAGAUGCCUGCCAGUCACUCGGUGUCCAGAUACCUGCGUGGAGGAACUCAACCUUCUGCCCGAUCACUUGUCCGGCCAACAGUCACUACGAGCCCUGUGCUGCAGCCUGCCCUGCCACCUGUGUUGACCCAAUGGCUCCUGUUACCUGCAGCCUGCCGUGCGUGGAGGGCUGUGUGUGUGACAGCGGGUACCUGCUCUACAACGACCGCUGCGUGCCCAGCCAGCAGUGCGGCUGCUGGCACAACGGGCAGCACUACCCCGUGGGCUCAGAGUUCUGGACGGACGACACCUGCUCCUCCAAGUGCACGUGUCCCGCACGGGGAAGCAAAGUGCAGUGCUUCAAUGCCUCCUGCCCCGCGGGCCAGUACUGCGGGGUGCAGAACGGGAAACCUGUGUGCCUUGAACACUCCUACGGCAUCUGCCACGUGCACGGGGACCCCCACUACAAAACCUUUGACAAGGUGACGCACGACUUCAUGGGCAACUGCACCUACACCCUGGCCAAAGUGUGCUCCAACACCACCUCCCUGCCCUACUUCAACGUGGAGGCCAAGAACGAGCACCGUGGCAACACCCAAGUGUCCUACGUGCGCGAAGUGGUGGUUGAGGUGUAUGGAGAGCGCGUUGCCAUCCUCAAGCAGCAGAAGAGCCACGUGCUGGUGAACAACGUGCGCCAGACGUUGCCGGUGAGUGCAGCGGGAGGGGCCAUCACGGUGAGCAAGAGUGGUCGCUACAUCGUCCUGGAGACAGACUUCAACCUCAGAGUGUCCUACGACGCUGACCACUCGGUGGAGGUGAAGGUGCCCACCACCUACUUCAACCUGACCUGUGGCAUGUGUGGCAACUUCAACAACCGCAGAGACGACGAAUACAUGAUGCCCGACGGGCAGCAAGCCGCAGACUCCAAUGCGCUGGGGGAGAGCUGGCAGGUCCCAGACAGUGACCCCUCCUGCGGUGUCCCCGUCCCCUCCCCACCCUGCAGUGCAGAAGAUGAGAAGCUCUACCGCUCCGACCAGUUCUGUGGCAUCCUGACCACCAGGCCUAGCUCUUUUGAGAAGUGCCACGGCGUGAUCAACCCCCAGGACUACUUUGACACCUGCUUGUAUGACCUGUGUGCCCUGAAUGGUGGCCAGGAGUUCCUGUGUGCUGCUCUGGAGGCCUAUGCUGACGCGUGCCAGGCAGCUGGCGUGACUCUUCUUCCCUGGAGGAAUGCUACCUUCUGCCCCCUGCAGUGUCCUCCCAACAGCUACUAUGACCCCUGCAUGACCGGCUGUCCUGCCACCUGUGUUGACCAACAAGCCCCACAGAACUGCUCCAAGCCUUGUGUGGAGGGCUGUGCAUGUAGCUCUGGCUUCCUCCUGAGUGGAGACACCUGUGUGCCCGAGGCCAACUGCGGCUGCCUCUUUGAGGGCAACUACUACACUGAAGGCGAAUCCUCCGUGAAUGAGAACUGCACUCGCCGGUGCCGGUGUGAAGCCAAAGGCCAGAUGGUUUGCUCUGCCUUGUCCUGUGGCGAGGACGAGGUCUGCAAGAUCCAGGAUGGCCAGAGGGGCUGUUACCCAGCCAGCACUGCCGUCUGCCACAUCUACGGUGACCCACAUUACAGCACCUUUGAUGGGAAGCUCCACCACUUCCAGGGCUCCUGCAACUACACAGUGGUGACGGGCUGUGACAACUCCUCCGUUGGGUUCAGUGUCACCACCCGCAACAAACAUCGUGGCAGCCAGAGCUGGACAGCUCUGAACUCCGUGGCACUGUCCCUCGAAGGCCUCCACAUUGCACUGCGCGAGCACAAGGCAGUCUACAUCAACGGUGCCCUGGUCUCCCUGCCUGCUUCUCCUGCCCCCGGUGUGACCAUUUCCCUGAGCGGCUCCUACGUGCGGGUUUCUACCAAGCUGGGCCUGCAGCUGCAGUUCAAUGGGGACCAUGAGCUCCUAGUGAAGGUGUCUGAGAAGUACAAGGGCAAACUCUGUGGGCUGUGUGGGACCUACACCGGGAGCCAGCAGGAUGACUUCAUGCGACCCGAUGGGGUGGUUGUACCCGACUUCAAUGACUUUGGAAGCAGCUGGAUGGUGCCGGAUGAUGAGUGGCCGUGUGACCCAGCCAUCAGCCCACCUGCAUCCUGCUCCCCUGCUGAAGAGCAGGUAGCUAAGCAGCAGUGUUCAAUCCUGACAAACCUCAGUGGCCCGUUCCAGCCGUGCCAUGCAGUUCUGCCACCCAAGACAUACUUUGAGAGCUGUGUCUAUGACCAGUGUGCCACGGGCGGCAGCACGGAGCAGCUCUGCAAUGACCUGGGGGCCUAUGCUGCAGCCUGUGCUGAGGCAGGCAUUGCUCUGGGAGACUGGAGUGCUGGCACUGUCUGUGGGAUCCUGUGCAGGUCCAUCGACAUCAACACCCACGGUCCCCUUGCCAGGUACCACAACACAGCCUGUAGUCACCACCUCACCAACAAGCCCCGCUCCGAGCUCAGGUCCUUUGACACCAACACCCAUGAGAGCUAUGCCGGAUGCUCCAGUGGUGAGAAAGAAGAGCAAUGUGAUCCUGUGUUGGAAAGUGAAGCAAAGAAAAGCACAGCAUGUGGCAUGAUCACAGACCCAACAGUUGAUUCCUGCAGUUCUUUGCCAGUGGAAGGUUGCUUCUGUAAGGAAGGCUAUGUUUUGAGUGGAGACAAAUGUGUGCCAGAAAGCAACUGCGGUUGUGUUGAUGAGAAAAACCAGUAUUACCAGCUGAAUGAAAGCUGGUUCACCCAUUACCCCUGCACUGAGCGCUGCACCUGCAAGGCAAAUAACACCAUUGAGUGCCAAUCCUGGGAGUGUGGAGUCCAAGAAGAGUGCAGUAUUCAGGAUGGUGUGCUGGGCUGUCAUUCCAAUGGUCAAGCAAUAUGUCAAGUGGUAGGAGAUCCCCAUUAUUUCACUUUUGAUGGAAUGAAGUACACUUUUGUGGGAACCUGCACCUACACUUUGGUUGAGGUUGUCAACACUGCCACCAAUGUCAUUCCUAUAACCAUACUUGGCAAGAAUGAAGACAGAGGACUAAAAGGGGCCACGUACCUGAAAGAAGUCUACAUUGAUGUGUAUGGUAUACGAAUCACCCUUCAGAAAAACCAAGGAAUCCUGCUGAACAGUGAGAGAGUCUACACUCCAGUGCAGAACCGACUGCAAGGUGUGUCCAUUGGAAAUGUUGGCAGAUUUAUAGUAGUGGAAACUAACUUUGGUGUGAUAGUGAAAUAUGAUGGCAAUCACCAUCUGGAAAUCACCCUCCCACGCUCUUAUUUCUCACAGGUGCAUGGCAUGUGUGGCAAUUUCAAUGGUAAUCGUGAAGAUGAUCUGUCCCUGACCAAUGGUACAGUUGUCACUGCCCCACAAUUUGGAAAUAGCUGGGAAGUGGAGAUAGACAGUGAUAAGGGUUGUUUGCCAGACUUAAGAGAAGAUGAUGAUCCUCCUUGUACUGCUGAGAAUAAACAAGUCAUUGAAAGACAGUGCAAUGUUCUAAAAUCAGACAAAUUCAAAGUGUGCCAUAGUCUAGUCAACCCUGAUGACUUCAUAGAGAUCUGCAUCUAUGAUAUGUGCCAGUAUGAUGGCAUGAAGUCUGCUCUCUGCAACAUAGUUCAAGUCUAUGUGGACACCUGCAAGAAUCAUGGAAUCACCAUUAAAUGGAGGAAUAGCACAUUCUGUCCGCUGCCCUGCCCAUCCCGGAGCCACUACAAAGACUGUGUCUCUGCCUGCCCAUCAACAUGCAGUGACAUUUUUGCCUCUUCCCUUUGUGAGAAGACAGAAGAGUGCACAGAGGGCUGUGAAUGUGAUGAUAAUUAUGUGCUCAGCAAUGGCAACUGUGUGCCUCUCAGCAGUUGUGGCUGCAGGGAUGAUGACAACAAUUACUACAGUGCUGGAGAGACGUGGAUAACUCCACACUGCACCAAAAGAUGCCAGUGCAAGAAGAACGGUGUCAUCAGUUGCAAGAGCUACAGCUGUGAUUCUAGAGAAACCUGCAUGAUCAAAGAUGGAAAAUACAAGUGCAACCCAACAGGUUUUGGGAGAUGCCAGAUCAUGGGCGACCCACACUACAUCACCUUUGAUGGGCUGGUGCACCACUUCCAAGGGAAAUACACAUAUAUUCUGGCUCAGAGCAUCCCUGACCUACCUGACACUCUGACACAGUUCAGCAUUGAAGGCAUGAACUACCCUUUACGUGGAAUUCGACACAUUACUUACCUGAAAGAGAUGCUCAUCAAUGUUUACAACCACACAGUGCGAUUCAGGCAGAACAAGCAGGUUCUGUUGGAUGGUGUGAGAGUGAGGCCCCCUGUUCGACCUCAUGAGGGUAUUCAUAUAUAUCAGAGGACAACAAGAAUUUACCUGGAGACAGAUUUUGGCUUAUAUCUGAGCUUUGAUGGCAGUCAAAAUGCAGACAUAAAGUUGGCUACCACCUACAGAAGCAGAGUGGAAGGCUUGUGUGGUGAUUUUGAUGGGAGAUACAGAAAUGACUUCAAAAAUCCAGAUGGUGUUUGGGUGAGGAAUGUGAAUGUAUUUGGUGAAAGCUGGAAAGUUCCUCUGAAAAGAAGCUCUCGUCUCAGACGAGAUCUCAACUCAGAAAAUGACUCUGAGGAGGAACCAGAUCCAGGGCUUUUCCAAGGUUGCAACGAAAAUCAGCUGGAGCAGCAAAACACAACUUCAAGGUGUCAAAUCCUGACUGACAUGAAUGGUCCUUUUGCCAAGUGUCAUUCUGCAGUCCAACCAGAUUUCUAUUUCACGAGCUGCCUGUUUGAUAUGUGUGUGGAAGGAGAUCAGAUCUUGUGUCGCAGUCUGGAGGAAUAUGUGCUGGAUUGUCAGCAGCAAGGAGUCAGCAUGGAUGGCUGGAGGCAGCAGACAGACUGUGGUAUGUCAUGUCCUGCCAACAGCAAGUACAGCUCAUGCAUGUCUGCAUGCCCAGCAUCCUGCAACGACCUGACCAGCCCCUCUGAGUGUGAAUCACCCUGUGUUGAAGGCUGUGAAUGUCUCCCUGGUUAUGUUCUUAGUGGCUUUGACUGUGUGCCUUACAAACAGUGUGGCUGCACAUACCUUAACAAAUACUAUGAGAUUGGAGAAAUAUUCACCACUGACGACUGCUCUCAGAAAUGCCAGUGCACAGAAAGCUCCACUGUUUUCUGCUUUGAUGAAGUGUGUGGGUCUGAUGAAAUCUGUGGCAUUUCAAACUACAGUCGUGGAUGCUACAGGAGUGGCCCAUGUAUGCCAAAUCCUUGUAAGAAUGAUGGCAUUUGCUCUGAAACUUCCAGCAGCACCUCCCUCCACUUCUGUGAAUGUUCAGAACUCUACACAGGACCAAACUGUGAGGCUGAAAAAAUAGCUGAAGACCCUGACACAGAGGAUUCGGAUCAUACAGUUGCCAUUGUCAUUGGAGUUGUGGCAGGUGUAGCUGUUAUUGUCAUUCUCAUCUCCUCUACAGUGUACCUGGUCAGAAGGAAGAGAAAGAUGGAUACAGUUACAAUAACAAGGGAUUCUUCUUUGAAAAGGUCCAGGGAUAAACUGGAUGCUAGAGAACGUGAGCAAGAUUAUGGCUGCAUCGUGAACAGUGCAUUUGAUCAAAAUGAAUCCCCAAAUACGCAUCCAUAGUUAACAAUAUUAUUCCUAUUGAUUUGUCAUACUUUUUACUCUUGUAUAUUAAUCAUAUUUCUAAUACUUUGAGAAGAAAUUAUAAUAAAUUUAUCAUUGCAUUUGUUGAAAACAUUUGUAAUUGUUCAUUUAAAAUAUCUCUCAGAUAUCACAUUGUAGGCCCAAAC